UUUAAAGUGCCCCUGAGAUCAAAAUUUUCGUACUUCAGCUUUUUACAUUUUCGCGUUCAGUAUGUUCUCCUUACCUACCCUGUUAAAUUUCAAACUAGUCCGAGGACCAGAAGUGUCUUUUUUUAGGCCGUUAAAUGCGAGAUUUCGCGUCCGCCAUUAUUUGACCAUGUCCCGGAAGUUGAUCGCAGUAUUCAGAGGAAGUGACGUCAAACGCUCAACUCGAAAAUCUCACAUGGCUAGUUGUGAAACAAACAUAACACAGUGAUCUUUUCCAUUCUUACUACAACAUCCAAAAAAUGACGGGGCACCGAUGCGUAGUUCAAGGCUGUAGUAAUUGUGCAGACCAUGCUAGUGGAAUUUCUCUCCAUCAGAGCCCUGUGAAUAGAUCAGAACGGGAAAAAUGGAUGCGAUUCGUGCGAACCCGCCGGGCAAAUUUCAAUCCCACAGGUAGAUUUGUAAUAUGUUCUGAACACUUCUCAGAAGACUGUUUUGAGAGAUCCAUGCACUUGGACGGCUCUAGGCGAAGAAUUCUGCCGGGUUCGGUGCCUACUGUGCGAAAAAAGGGAUUAGAAAAGCCGCUCUCAGCUCGAUCAAGACGAAAUGUGCUUAGAGACAUUAAUAGAUCUGACAACGCAUCGUCUCUUGCUUCGCAAGAGGAUGUAGAAAUACGCAACGAAUCGGCUGCACUCGUUGUGGACCUAAGUCAGGUUGACGAUGAUCCAACCCAAACCACGUCAACUGAAUUUUCUGAAGUCCCUGUAGAAAGCCAGACUACUGAUGGAAUGGUACAAACCUGCAUGAAAUGUGAGGAUUUAAGAAAGGAAAAGAGGAAACUUCUCAGGCAACUGAGAAGUGCAGAAUCAAAAUUGAAUGAUUAUAAGCAGAAGAUGACAAGUAACCAAACAGAAUGGGUGAAAACACUUCAAGACAUUAAUAACUCACCAAUGAAAGAAAAAUUUCACAAUAAUAGUGGUGCCGAUACUUCACUAUUAAGUGGUGACACAGAUGGAAAUGAGUCUGAACUGGAUUGCAAAAUGAAUUUUGCGCUCAUCGAAGAGGAAGCUACUGAAAAGUGGGAUGAUAAUGAUCCCACAUGGGCACCUGAAGAAAUAGAUGACAUUUAUAAUAAAGCAGGAGAUGAUGAUGCUGACGAUUCUAAGAAACCUAGGCUGAAGUGUGAGGGCAAAAGCUGUCAAGAGGAACCCAAGGGAAUAGUCUUUCUCUCUAAACUUCUCCUGUUAUUUCAGCAUUGUCAUUUGUGCUUUGCUCCUGAGCCAGAGCUUAAUGUUAGCCAGACGGGAACAAUGUUGUCAUUUACUUCCAAGUGUAGAAGUUGCAGUGGUACCUUUUCCUGGAACAGCCAACCCUUCCUGAUUGGAAAAUUUCCAGCAGGAAACAUACUUCUUAGCUUUGCUAUCAUCUGUGCUGGAGCAUCAGUGGGCAAAGUUUUACUUGUUUUCAAACACAUGGGACUGCUAUGCUACAGUGAGGCCACCUAUUAUUACCAUCAACGGCACCUCCUGUUCCCCACAAUUAUGAAAUUUUGGCAUUCCUAUCAGGAGAAAGUCAUAACUUCACUGAAUGGGAAAGAAGUUGUGCUAGCUGGUGAUGGCAGGCAUGACAGCAUGGGCCACUCAGCAAAAUAUGGAACCUACACCAUAUUCUGCUGCACUGUCGGCCUCAUUAUUCACAUUGUGCUUGUCCAGGCCAAUGAAGCAGGCAGCAGUUCUAACAUGGAGUUUUUUGCACAUCAAAAAGCCUUUGCUUUCUUGCUUGCAACUGGAAUGAUAAUUAAGUCCUUCAUUUCUGACCGCCACCAGUCUAUUGCAAAGUGGAUGAGGCAGGAUUGCCCCAAGAAAUGCCAGGAAUUAGGAAAGCCUCUCAUUGACCACUUCUUCGACCUAUGGCACAUUGGCAAAAAGAUUCAAAAGAUUUUGACAAAGAUCAGUAAGGAGAAAGGCUGUGAAGUAAUUGCAAGGUGGAAACAGGCAUGUGUGAGGCACUUUUAUUGGUCAGUUACCUCAACAGAACCAAAGCUGGGAGAAGUCAUACUUGCCAAGUUCAAAACCUUUCUCUAUCACAUCAUCAACCAUCACAAGGAUCUACCAAACCAGUUAUUUAACAAAUGUGCCCAUGGUGUAAUAAACACACAAAAAGUUUGGUUGACAAAAGGUUCUGUUGCUUACGAAAAGUUGGUAGAGGCUCUCACCCAAAAUUCAUUGUUGAAAGGGAUCAAGCAGGCCUCUCCUGUUGCCCAAACUAGCUGUUUGGAGGGUUACCACUCUGUGGUAAACCAGUUUGCCCCAAAAAUGCUGUCUUACUCCUAUUCAGGGAUGUUGUGCCGGACUGUUCUUGCAGCAAUCCACUUCAACUAUAACCUAAAAAGAGAAACCAAGGUUGACGAACAUGGAAAAUCUAGGCUUAAAGUCACAUACCCUAAGUUCAAGCAGGGUGAGGCAACAGUCAGAGAAGUCAGAGUUGAUCCAAAUUAUGAAUAUGUCUCUGAAAUGUACAACAUAUUGACAACCACAUCAAGGGAGACUUUGAAGAACAUAAAGGACCAACUUGCAGAACAGGAGCCAGCAGCAUUGCAUUCCAUGAUGCUCCAGAAGGAGGAAAAGGAAGCUGCUAAAGCCAAAUACAGUAGCCGAAAAGUGAAGGAAACUGCUCUAUGUCCUCCUACAUGUUCUGAUGCUGAGCUUCAAGCAAUGCAGCAAAAUUCAACAGCUGUUAGAAGACAGAGAAGAACACCAAUGUGUAGGACUUGUGGAAAGCCAAGGAGGGGACAUACUAAGGGACAGUGUAGCAGCCAAAAUGGCCCAUAGAGUUAUAGAUUAAAAUUGGAGAAAAAAAUUGCACCUUGCUCACUCCAUGUGUUACUUUUUAGCGGAACAUUGACGAGAAACACCAAAUUUGACAAAAGAAAGGGUCGUUUUGUCAGUUCAGGCAGAAACGUUCUGUGAAAACUUUUCUGGACAUAAUGUUCGGGAGUGUACUGCUCUUUAUUAUGAGCAACUUGUAUUGUGAAAAAAAUUAACCUGACAAACAUCCGAGCUGCUUCUCUCUGAUAGAGGAAGAAUAUUAUUUAAUUUCCAGAAUGUCAAAGCAUAAAAAAUUAUUUCACAACUAUAACUAUCAAA